GUCCUCCACACUUCCAUGAGGCACGUUUCUUUUGUGCGCUUAAACGGUCCGAUAGUUUACGAGCGACACCAACUCUUCCGUCAAAGAUGGAGCUCUGUCCCAAGGAACUUGACAAGCUUGUCAUAUCGCAGCUUGGCUUGCUCGCCCAGCGACGACUUGCUCGAGGCGUCAAACUGAACCAUGCGGAGGCUACUGCGCUCAUCGCGAACAAUCUCCAAGAACUUAUUCGCGAUGGAAACCACACAGUCGCGGAUCUCAUGGCGAUUGGCAAGACGAUGCUGGGUCGCCGCCACGUCUUGCCCUCCGUCGUCUCGUCGCUGGCCGAGUUGAUGGUCGAGGGCACGUUUCCCUCUGGGACGUACCUUGUGACAGUGCACCACCCUAUCUGCACCGAUGAUGGUGACCUGCAGAAAGCAUUGUAUGGCUCCUUCCUCCCUGUACCUUCGAACGAUAUAUUCCCUCUUCCGGAAGCGAGUGUAUAUGAGAGCAAGAAUCAGCCUGGCGCGGUAGUGGCUGUCAAGGGGGAGGCGGGCAGAAUCAAGUUGAAUGAGGGAAGGAAGAGAAUCAGGCUUACAGUCAAGAGCAUGGGCGACCGGCCAAUUCAGGUUGGUUCGCAUUACCACUUCGUCGAGACGAAUCCCCAACUGCAGUUCGAUCGCGUACGAGCGCAUGGAUACCGCCUCGACAUCCCAGCAGGCACAUCGGUACGCUUCGAACCAGGCGACACCAGGACCGUCACGUUGGUGCAAAUUGCUGGGAACAAGGUCAUCAAGGGCGGAAACAGGAUCGCAUCCGGCUUCAUUGAAGACGCCUCCAUCGCCUCAGACAUCCUGGAGAAGUUGGCGGCUGGCGGAUUCUUGCACGCACCGGAACCCUUAGGUGAUAUGGCCCACAUUGAUAUUUGCACGAUGGAGCGGCAGGCAUAUAUCAGCAUGUUUGGCCCCACGACAGGCGACCUUGUCAGACUAGGAGCCACGGAUCUGUGGAUCAAGGUUGAGAGGGAUAUGACCAAGUAUGGUGACGAGUGCUCUUUCGGAGGAGGUAAAACCCUAAGAGACGGCAUGGGGCAGGCGGCAGGAGUAUCGGAUACUGAAUGCUUGGACACCGUCAUCACGAAUGCUUUGAUUGUGGACUGGAGCGGCAUCUACAAGGCGGAUAUCGGAAUCAAGAACGGCAACAUCGUAGGGAUUGGCAAAGCGGGAAACCCGGAUGUUAUGGACGGAGUGGACCCGAACAUGAUUGUCGGAAGCUGCACGGAUGCGAUUGCAGGAGAAGGCAGCAUCGUCACUGCGGGUGGCCUCGAUACGCAUAUCCACCUCAUCUGCCCUCAGCAAGCGUACGAGGCUAUUGCGUCUGGCAUCACAACGAUGCUGGGAGGUGGGACGGGACCAAGCACCGGCUCCAACGCAACCACCUGCACCCCAGGCAAAACACACAUCAAGCAAAUGCUCCAAGCCGUCGACUCCCUGCCCCUCAACUACGGCAUCACAGGCAAAGGCAACGACGCCGAACGGCUUCCCCUCCAAGAACAAGCCGAAGCCGGCGCAUGCGGCCUCAAACUGCACGAAGACUGGGGCAGCACCCCGGCCGCCAUCGACGCCUGCCUCUCCGUCUGCGACGAAUACGACAUCCAGACCUUGAUCCACACGGACACGCUCAACGAAUCCGGCUUCGUCGAGCAGACGAUCCAGGCCUUCAAAAACCGAACCAUCCACACGUACCACACCGAAGGCGCCGGCGGCGGCCACGCCCCGGACAUCAUCAGCGUCGUCGAGCACGACAAUGUGCUCCCCUCGUCGACGAACCCAACCCGCCCCUACACGCGCAACACGCUCGACGAACACCUCGACAUGCUCAUGGUCUGCCACCACCUCUCCAAGAACAUCCCCGAGGACGUCGCCUUUGCCGAAUCGCGCAUCCGCGCCGAGACCAUCGCCGCCGAGGACGUCCUGCACGACCUCGGCGCCAUCUCCAUGAUGUCGUCGGACUCGCAGGCCAUGGGUCGAUGCGGCGAGGUCAUCUUGCGGACGUGGAACACCGCGCACAAGAAUAAGGUGCAGCGGGGCACCCUGAAGGAGGAUGAAGGCACGGGCGCGGAUAACUUUAGGGUGAAGCGGUACAUUGCAAAGUACACGAUCAAUCCGGCGAUUGCGCAGGGCAUGGCGCACGUGAUUGGCAGCGUCGAGGUGGGCAAGGUGGCGGACCUGGUGCUGUGGAGUCCGGCGAACUUUGGCGUCAAGCCCAAGUUGGUGGUCAAGAGUGGGUUUUGCGCCUGGGCGCAGAUGGGCGACCCCAACGCUUCCAUCCCCACCGUCGAACCCGUCAUCAUGCGUCCCAUGUUCGCGCCCCUCGUACCCCAGAGCAGCAUCACCUUUGUGUCGCAGGCCUCCAUCGCCUCGGGCGCCAUCGCCUCGUACGGCCUGAGGAAACGCAUUGAGCCUGUCAGGAAUUGCAGGAACAUUGGGAAGAAGGACAUGAAGCUCAACGACACGCGGCCGCGGAUGAAGGUCGAUCCCGAGACGUACAGGGUCGAGGCCGAUGGAAUGUGGUGUACAGCCGAGCCGGCGGAGACGCUGCCGUUGACGCAGGCGUAUUUUGUGUACUAGGCUGAGUACUUUUCUAGGGUUGGGUAGUGGCCCUGUUAUAAUUCGAUGAGGAUGGAAGUUUCUUGCUUGGAAGUUUGUGGACCUGCUGUCUGUCUCUCGACCAUAAUAAGCCUUAACGAUGGUCUUUGGCCCUGGAGUAGAGAUUGCGUCCCAUUUCUCCAGAGCUUCGACUCGCUGCCCAUGACUAGGCGCUUUUCCAAAACUCUCACUUGGGAAAGGGUCUCCCGGCCAUCUCUCCCCGCUUUGCGAUGGACAGACCUCCCCAGCUCUGCACGUCUAACACAUGCAUGCACAGAAUAAACCAAACCAGGCCACAUAUUCUAGGAAAUAAUCGGAGAUUCGGACCUUUUC